AUGCCGACAACAGGCAGCCAAUACAGUGGGUGUCAAGCUGAGCACCUAGACGGAGACGGCACCGGAGAAUCGAGAAAACCGAGAAAGAUAAUUCUUUGUUUUGAUGGUACUGACGGAAAUUUUGGACCGCAACCAUUUACCAAUGUUCUCAAAAUAUAUCGGAUGCUCGAUACAAGUGACGAGAACUUGCAGCUUUGUUAUUAUCAACCUGGGGUAGGGACCUCCGUAGAGUUUGAUGCUAAUCUAAAUUAUCGAAGAAAACUGACUGUUGCGAACGCAAAAAACAGUCUGGAUUCUAUGUUCGCUUUCACAAUCAAUUAUCAUGUUUGUACCGCUUACAUGUUUUUAAUGCGGUGCUAUAGAAAAGGCGACCUCAUUUAUAUGUUCGGCUUCAGUAGAGGAGCUUUUGUGGCUAGAAUUCUAGCUGGUAUGAUUGAGAGAGUAGGUUUACUCAAUGAUGGACUUGAGGACGUAGUCAAUACAGCGUGGAAGGUUUACGCCUUAUGGGAAUAUGCGGCGCAACCCAGUCAGCCAGAUUAUACCACAACUCUAGCAGAAGAGUUUAAAAAAACGUUUUCCCGUAACUACGAGAUUAUUAUAUCAUUUCAAGGCCUAUUUGAUUCGGUUAACUCCGCCGGUUUUCUUCGAGAUAGACAAUUUCCUUUCACAGCAAGAAGUACCAUUGUAAAGCAUGUCAGGCAUGCUCUCAGUCUUGACGAACGAAGAGGGAAAUUUCAGCAACAGAAUUUUAUUCAACAUGCUGGAAAAUCUAACCGUUCUUCAAGCUUUUGGCAUAGUUUGAGCCGAAUCUUCUCGAAAUCUUCUGCCAGUGAUUAUGUGAAAAGUUCGAUGAGCAGCUUGGAUUCUUCUAAUCGCUUCAAUGGCUUCCCACAAAGUCGGCGCUCUUCCAAUAUUCGAGAUUCUGUUGCGACACUGCCUAGCUCAAAUUCCAAUAAACAACAGGCUCAACUACUAGUCGAUCAUUCGAGUGUCGGGCCAGCAUCGCUCACAACAGGAUCAGGCACACGCUUGAUAAACACCCCAUCAAUGUCUCCGGACAUUAUUGAAAAGUGGUUUCCAGGUGACCAUGCCGAUAUUGGAGGUGGAUGGAUUCCUGAUUUCAAUACUAAACAAUUUCUCUCAGAUAUGGCAUUAAGGUGGAUGCUUGCUGAAGCUGUUAAAAAUGAAGUUCGUUUCCAAAAGCACAUAAUCAGAGAGUUUUCAGAGAAGUACUCAGCAUAUGGAAGUGCUACGGCUCUGUCCCAUGAUUUGCUAAAUUUUGAAAGUAGAGGAACUGCUGAAAGCAGUCUUCUCGAACUUCAGCGUUCCAACUGGGCUCUGUGCUACUGGAUUCCGCACCGCCUUGCAAUGCUAUUCGUGAUGAAAAUUGCAUGGAUUUGCCGAAUAGGACCAUGCUAUACAAGAAAGCGCAGCCAAAAGCUUUUCAAAUCGUGUGACUUUGCGAAUAGUAGCUCUGAUAUGGCAGAGUCUCAGUAUGAACGUCGGCACGACUGUUCUAAGCGCAGUAAAGCAGGGCGAGGAAGUCAACCUUUGUGGCAAGUGAUUGGAUGGUGGUUUGUGGAAUGUGUUCCUAUUAAAAGAAAAGUGCAAGGCCAGGACUGCAAGUGGCGUAAUGCCUACGUGCCGAAUUUUGGUCAACGCCGUGAACUUCGCCGCGAUAGCGACCUACAUUGGUCUGUAUUUUGGAGAAUACGUUAUUAUAAACACUACAGGCCAUCCAAUUUACCACAAUAUGCAAUUGAUCUGUUGAAAGAAUAUUCAAAUCAUUCGAAGUGCAAGGAACAGAGUGAUGAUACUAAUUUUUGGAUGCGACUAGGUGGUUUAAAUAUCUUUAAGGGCUUGCAGGCAAGUAAAGUACCUGAAUGUCCACCAUGCGAAAGUGAUGACUACGAGCGGGUAGCAGCUAAAGCCCGUAAAUGGUUGGAACAGUGGGAAAGCGAUCAUUCUUGUGAAAUACCAGACGAUCUGGAGGAAGUUCUGAAGACGAACCCCGACUUAUAA